AUGAACGCAUUUGACACAAAUAAACUAGUUCUACUGCUUGAUGGAUUAACUUGCCGGCUAAUGUCUUUAAACGUUUCCAUAUUGUCCGAUAUUGAAACUAUAGAAAAUCUUCCACAGUACUGUAAUUAUCACAAGUUUUUACUGGUUGAGGAAUUGAUGCUGGUGGAUGAUUAUUCCGCACUACAUUAUGGUAAAUGUCGCCUGAUUGGGAAGGUAUUUUCUGCAACUGGUGAAGUUUAUCUGGAGAACGUACGAAUUCCACACAUUUCUGAAGAAUACGCUCUACCCGAAGGAGCGCUACAAAUACAACUUAUUCCAACAGCGGCAUCAUUGAACACUUGUUCCACCUUGGAACAUGGUAAAUACUAUGAAAUUUUAGGUGAGGUCAAACUGUUACCGAAAUCUCCAAAUCAAGGUACAGAGAUUCUUACCUCCAGAGGGGUGGUGGAACGAGUACAAUCCGGGAACAGAGGGAUUUUACUGCAACAAUUUAAAAAUCUUUAUAAACCAGCCGUAAACGUUUGGUUUGCCUUCCAAGUUAAUGAAGCCAGCGAAUUGAUAUCUCGGAAUUUAGAAAUACGUAUGUUGGAGUCAGUAAGCCUUCGGUGA